AACACCGGCGCGGCACAGAAGAGCUGGACUCUGGUUUAUAAAAUAAAAAUAAAUGUAAAAUAAACAUUCUUUGCUCAAUAUUUCACACACUGACAAGCAGCCAUCGUUAAUCACGAGUAUGAGUCACUGUGAGCUGGAAGAGGUGACGAAGCACAUCGAUGACAAGAUUUCAUUCGUCAAGAGGCUUUUAGAGCUGCGUGCAGUCGCAAAAGAUCCAGACAAGCGGGCAUUUCUAGUCAAAAUUGAGCAGGACGUCAACGCCAUUAAUGGCCUCCUAGAUCGGUUUGAGAGAUAUGUAGCUCAGCAGAGAGACCUGCUAAAGCAUCUGAAGGAACUGGAUGAGUUCUUCCAGGAGGAUGUGCAGAAUGCGCAGCAUCUAAAAGAGAACAUCCCACCCCACAUGCCCCGCAGGGAACAGCCAGCAGCUCUGUCAGAACAGCUGGCGGCAUCCAGCAGGCCUGCAGAUGUGCAGGCAGCCCCCCAGGAGCAGGAACCGCCCAGGAAGCCUUCACGGGCCAUGAUCAAAGAGAUGGAGUUCAUCACUGUGCAAGAGUUCGACAACAUCCCACAGUACAUGAAAGGACGAGUUACGUAUGACCAGCUGAAUGCUGCCGUGAAAAGCAUCAACGUUGCUGUGACUGGGAAAUAUAAAAUCCUCCACCAGCCGGUUAAGAGCUUGACCAACGCCUCACGGAAACUCCACCAGCGAUUUAAAGACCAGGAAACCAAAGACACUAAAGGUCAGUUUUUCGUGGUGGAGGAGGACCUGCGAGAUCUGGCCCAGCUGAAGGUGGAUAAGCGCUUCGUUGGCAUGUUGAACAUGCUGAGACACUGCCAGCGGCUGAAGGAGCUCAGAGGAGGUGGCCUGACACGCUACGUUCUGCUGUGAGGUCCUCCCAGGCACAGUGGGGCACUACAGAGCAAGCGGUGAUCUAUAGACCUAUGAGGUUGGGCCCAUAUAAGGAACUCUGGGUCUAAGCUGUUCUUCUCUAUGGGAAAAAUGAAUGCCGUUCUUGUAAAUCGCCGCUGUCAUGCCCUGUGAUGAACAAAAUAUUCCAAAUUUGGUAUGUUUUGUUCUUUGAAUGUUCUUCACCCGAAUGUAGCUGGAUUUUCUGAAUUACGAAGCUGUUAAGGAAUCAGCAUGCAUUUGUUGCCACAUGCAAGCUAACACGGCUACGCACUGAACUGAUGUCAUAAGACUGCCCUCAACAGACUACCCAACACAAACCAGUCGGUUUUAUUUAGUGUGGUAGCUUAGAGGCUUUGGCAGUUUUGGGCAGUUUGAGUAGCUGGUGUUGGUGUAUAAUAGUUGAAAAUGUCCAAAUUUAACAGUAGAAUUACUUUAAUAUGACGUGUCAGUUGCAAAAUGUAUCUAAUUUGAUACAUUGUUUUUGCCACAGUGUAUUUUUUUAUCUUUUUUUUUAAGCUGCAUUAUUUUUUCUAGUAAAUAAAUGUAAUAAAAGGCUUAGAUCCAGAGUUCCUAGUAUUGCCAUGACAUCUUAGGUGAUUAUUGGCCAAAAGUUUUCACAUAGGAAAGCAUACACAUCCAUCACAAAAUACUAAAAUAAAAAUAUAAGAAAAUAAAUAGAAACAAAAAUAAAUAAAAUAUAAAAAAAAACAUAAAAAUAAAGUGGAGAGUAGAAAAAAAUCCUAAAGCAAACUUGACUGACAUUUGGCUGCUUGCAUAAAACAUCUUAUAAUAUUAAUCUUUUUAAGUGGAUUUUUUUCCCUUUCAGCUGAAUUAUUUCUCUGAAGUUAUUGCGUGCAGCUCACGGAAGGUAAAUUAAUGUGUAAGUGAAACUGAAGACCAAAAUUCACUGAAUGCUUUGUUCAUGUAGCCACUGCUCCAGGUUUACAGUACUGUGCAAAAAUCUUCAUAUUUAAAGCGCUUACUGACUUAGAAAAAAACAAGACAUUUCGCUGUCUUUUUAUUGUACAGCAAUGAUAAUAUGGUAAAAACUGAAUGUACACAUUCCUCCUACUUUCUGUCCAAAUAAAUAGUGAAAAGCAGUUUUAUAAGUUGGCAUAAGACAUUUGAACAGUGCUGUAAAAUAAACGUAACAUUAAUUAUUAGAUCUAGGGGGGUUGCAGCAUAUUGUCUCAUUUGUAUCUCCAAAGUGGCAGCUUUACAGGAGAAGGAAACAAACCUUAGCUUUCAAUGGAAGUUGAUGGAACUUUUUUUUUGGUCCAUUUGUCAUUAAAUGUUAACACAGCAUUUAAGGCAGAGUUGUUAACUUGUGUGUAAAGCAUAAAUAGAAAACAACAAAAAAACGAAUUUAUAGAAUUUAUAUUCUCUGUUGUCCAUGUUUAUAGCUGGGAGCUUUGGAUGCUGUGUUCUAAAUCACUGUAGAUCUGAGAUGUCUCGGGAUGUUUUGUGAAUUAAAUAUUUUACUUGUGAUUUCCAGGUUUGUAAAUAUGUUUUAUGUUUCUAUAAGGUAAUUAUUUUGUCUCUGACAAUAAAGAAAUUGAUCUGUU